UGGUCUUUCCUCACCCGAGUUUUACCUAUUUGAUACAUCCUCCUCAUUGGCAACCUCUUGUCUAAAGCUGGCAUGAAGAUGGAUAACCUGCCAUGGAGAGCAGAUUCUAAGCGGCAGCUGUCUUUUAGCAGCGACAGGGGGACCGACGAUGCAGAGGCGAAACGCCAGUGUCGCCCAGACCCGACCAGCCAACACGAAGCAGCAACCUUAGGAUCUGAGACCGGCCCAUAUGGAGAGAUUGACCUGCCAUUUUUUGGCACAACAACUGAAUAUUCCGGAGUAAGCUCUGCGGAAGAUAUGAUGAUUGACACUCAUUCCGACCCAGCGUCGACCGCGACAACAGUAAAUGAGGCGCCCUAUGACACCUGCUUUGGAGCUGUCAUCGAAAAAGCAGUGUCUUCCUUCAAGAGUCGUGGAGGCGCUAAGCAAGUUCCGGUGACUGUCGCAGCCUGGGGGUUCUCGUUGAAAUUGUCGUUCUUCGAUACCAAAAAAUACGCUGGAAUCAUUAAAAAUGCUGCCUUGGUCAGGCUUCUACAGGAAUUCUCAGUCACUCUCACCGCUACCUUGUUAGCUCCGACGACGAAGCAGAAGACAUUCACGGCAAGCAAGAGCUCGUCUAUUGACAUUCCUGAGGAAUGCCCUAUUAGAAUUGUGGUUUAUGGUCUUAUGACCAACUGUGAUGCUAUUGGAGAGAUCCUUGGAGACGCUGGGCUCUGUUUUCAGCAUCCGUUGGCUAUUGAGUAUGAACACCAAGUGGCGUAUCACAACCCCCAUUAUCUCCUCCGCCCGGGCUCUGAAAUGCCCAAGUUGGAGGAACUGUCUCAUGCAGAGACGAGCAGGGAGGUAGAAAAGAACUUGCUCGACGAGUCAGACAAAGGGAUUCUCAUGAGACUACUUGACGAGGCCGGCAACUCUGGCAUGCAAGCUUCCAUGGAGCCAAGUGCUCGUCUACGAUCAACGCUGAAGGAACAUCAAAUCACGGCCCUCGCUCAAUUCACAGAAAUCGAGGCUGGUGUUCUAAUCGACAAGAAAUUCCCAUCGUUAUGGGAACUGUCCUCGGGCUCGAACCCGCUGAGGAAGUAUCGAAACAAAGUCACGGGGGUUCUCGAAAUAGCUCCGCGGCCAGUUCGCGGCGGGAUCCUCGCAGAUGAAAUGGGCCUUGGAAAAUCGCUCACAAUUCUCGCCUUGAUAUGCUGGUUCUUGGAUUCAAUGAUUAGUCAAAGGACGGCAGAGCAUGAGCAACAGACCAGAAGUUGUCGAACAACGCUUCUGGUCACACCAAAAUCCACGAUACACAACUGGAUACAAGAAUGCGAGAAGCACAUUCAUUCCGGAAGCGUGACAUUGGUAACGUAUCAUGGGUAUGAUCGACGUCAACUCUCUGAGAAACUGGAGCACGCCGACAUAAUCCUCACUACGUAUGAAACCAUGCGACAAGAUUGGAUCACAAAUGGACCGUUGUACUCCAAGAAAUGGUAUCGUAUUGUGUUAGAUGAAGCACACCACAUCAGAACCAGGUCAUCGCAGGUCUUUCAAGCGGCUUGUGCAAUCCAGGCCCACUAUCGUUGGUGUCUAACCGGAACACCGAUCCAUAAUUCUCUUGACGAUUUUGCAGCCUUAGUGACCUUUGUCGGGGUCCCGCCCUUUAUCAACAAGGGGGUAUUCGAUUAUUGGAUUACCAAACCGAUCAAGGAGAAUAGUGCUUUCGGACUUCAAAGGCUUGGACUUUUGAUCAAGGCCAUUUGUGUCCGGCGCACACAUAAGCUGCUGUUGUCAGGAUCCCAACUGCCUCAGCGUCGUGAAAGAACUACGUGGGUGGAACUGACCCCAAAUGACCGGGCUCUGUAUCGAUUCUUUGAACAGAAGACAGCCGACAUUGCAUCUGGUUUCUAUCGACAAGAAUCUGGCUACUCGGCUACCAACCGUAAGGACACCAAUAUUCUAUCGCUGAUCAACUUUCUACGCCUUAUCUGUGACUACGGCGAAUUGCUUCUUUCUCCAUCGGCGCUUGAGGCUUGGAAAACCCAAAACAACGAAUCUAUCGAUUGGGAAAUGAUGCAGGCAACUCAGAAGGUGUGCGAGUUAUGUGGGGGGGACCUCGAUGAUGCUGACACUCAGACUGCCACAAAUCUUGACUUCCCCUGCCCUCACCCUAUAUGUGGUAGGUGUCAAGAGAAAUCGAAUAGCGGUGCAAUUGAAAGCGAAUCGAAAUGUCCAACAUGUGCGGCACAGAUACUGGAAUUGUAUGAGCGGGCAGAUCCGCUUUCGAACUCUACUCCGCUGCCAAUCCUACCAUCGCCGAAGGUGAAAGCCUUGAUUGACAACCUCCGUCAAGAACAAGCCCGUUUCAAACAACCCGGUGGGGAAAGCCCCGUGAAGAGUGUCAUCUUCAGUUCGUGGACGAAAAUGCUAGACUUGACCCAGGAGCCCCUUGAAGCGAGCGGCUUCGUUUGCCAACGUAUUGAUGGUCAAACAAGCUUAAAGGAGCGUGGUAGUGCUAUCCAUGAAUUCAAUAACAGCGACAAAUGUACGGUCAUGCUUGCAAGCAUUGGCAGCGCUGGAGAAGGUAUCGACUUGACGGCUGCAAAUAAUAUACACUUACUUGAGCCGCACUGGAACCCCAUGGCUGAAUCGCAGGCAAUCGCGCGGGUUCAUCGGAUGGGACAACGCAGGGAAGUGCUUACAACUAGAUAUUUGACAGGAGAUACGAUAGAAACGGUGAGUAAGAGUACAUUCAGUGCCUGUAUCUCUACAACUUUCCAUCUGUCGUGUUACUGAAUGUCAAGGAACAGUACGUCCAAUGGAUACAAACAGACAAAUUACGGCUAAUCGAUCAGUCACUGGACUCUCAACCUGCAUCUCAACCCGCCAUCAACGAUCAACGGUAACAGAAAUUGCGAUCAUCUCUGA